UCUGUCAAAAUUAGGGAACGGGGAAUCGAAAAUAAUAGGAACAUAUCAACAAGUAAAUAUUAAGUAAAAUUGUAAUAUAAUUAAUUGUUUUAUCAUAGAAUAAAACGAAUGAACAGAUAUUAUUAAAAUAAAAUUUAUGUUAUCAACAUGGAAGAGUCGGUCGGGAAACCUCAGGAGAAAAAGUCUCGAUAUUCAAUCAAACUUAUUGUAAAAAAUAUUCUAUUUGCUUUAUUGGUUCUAGCAAUAGGCCACUUACACUACACAUACGUAAGUUACCUAUUCGAGAAUGACCGUAACUUCUCAUAUCUAUCCGACCUGGAGAGGGAGAUGUCGUUUCGCACUGAAAUGGGAUUCUACUACUCAUACUAUAAGACUGUGGUGGAGGAGAAACCAUUCAUAGCUGGCAUUUCGAAGCUGAUGUAUGAUAAAACUGUGGAAUAUCCAAAAGAAGUUAAUGCUUUUAAUCGAUUCAACAUACACCCUGAGGUGAUCGUGGGAGCCCUAUACCGUUACUUAGAGCCCUGGAUAAAUAACACAGCAUACAAGGAGUGUCACAUGGUGGACAGAGGCGUGGGCCGCGAGCCCGUGGAGAGCUGUGUGGGCGUGGGACACCCGGUGUUCUUCUACUUGGAAGCUAUUUGGGUGUUUGCCGGCGUCAAUGUGGCUGCUCUGUUCUUGCAUGCGUUGGAGCUUAGUGAGAGUUUCCUCGGCGGGUUCCUGGCCGUCGCGCAGUACUUCGCGAACCACGCGGAGUGCACGCGCGUGCAGUGGGCGCCGAACGAGCGCGAGAACUGGGCGGGGCCGCUGCUGCUGCUGCAGGCGUGGCUGCUCACCGUGCAGCUGCAGGAUCGGAAGCGGUACGCGAUACAGUUGCAGAUUGGUAUCUUCAUGCUUAACUGCCUCUGCCUUCUGUUCUGGCAAUUCACGCAAUUCAUAUUCCUCACGCAAAUUGCUGUAUUUUUCGUGAUGGAACAAUUGAGAAUAAUAGACACUCGACACCUCUCCAUAUUCCUGCACUCACACUACUGCGGCUUGCACAUGGCCAUACUGUUACUGCAGGGCAACGACAUGCUAAAAUCGUCCUUAUACGCUUGCCUUUUCUUGGUAGUGUCCGCGUACUGCUUGUUCUUCAGCGGUCUACGCAUUAAGGUUCACAAUCGCUUCGAUUUCCUCGUCGAAGCCUGGCUCGUGCUAUUGCGAAUUUGCAUCGUUGUGUGUGCGUCGGUUUACUUGAAGAAAAUCAUCAGUGACUUCCUAGAAGUCGAAGAGGACACACACGUUUGGGAGAUUCUAUAUUCAAAAUUUACGAAUUAUAAAUCUUUCCACACGUUGUUGUAUACAUGUUCGGAGGUGUUCGAUUUUCUGCCGUUCAAAUCUAUUCAAAACAUGACGUAUUCCUUUUUAAUUCCGUAUGUCGGCUUUUCAAUAAUCAACGUCGUCUAUUUUUGGAUUUGGAAUACUGAGAAAGAGACGGAAACAGAGGACAAGGAAGUGGAGAAAGAGGGGAUUGUCGAUGACGAAGACAGCGGCAUAGACAACAGUUCGGAUAUGAAAAUUAAAAAGCGAAGUGAUUUGGACGUAUUGGAUAAGGAAACGAGUUUAGACGAAACAGAAACGACGGAUAAGUGUAUUCUAUUUUUGAAAAAUUUGAACAUUGACGCCGCGAUUUUCUACAAUAUAGCACAGCUGGUUGUCUAUGGUGUCAUGGCGGCGCUAGUGAUGCGCUUGAAGCUGUUGUUCACAACGCAGUUGUGUCUUAUGUCUUCCUUGGUGUUUAAGAAGAGGUAUUAUAUAUAUUCGAAGCGUAUGAUGAAAUAUGUAAAAUUAAUGUUGAUCCUUGGAGCAGUUCCUAUGAUAAGGUGUCUCGUUCAGAACAUGGGACAUGAGAUGUCGCAUAUAGGUGAGUUCAGUGAUUACAACCAAGAAGAAUUGCUCCAGUGGAUCAAGGAUCAGGCGCCGGGCGCGUUCGCGGGCUCGAUGCCCGUGCUCGCCGCGGUGAUGCUGGCCACGCGCAGGCCCAUUGUCGCGCAUCCGCAUUACGAGCACCUGGAAGCUAGGCAGAGGGCGUUCGCCGUGUACAAGGUUUACGGCAGGUUCUCCCCCCACGAGCUGUAUCAAGAGUUGAACAAGCUGAAGGCCUCUUACCUCAUCGUCGAGAAUCGGUACUGUUACGGGCGUAGCAACAAGGGCUGCUCGUUCAGCGACAUAUGGGACAGCGCGGCGGCGGCGGCGCUGCGCGGGCAGCCGCGGCUCUGCCACACGCUGCUGGCGCACGGCGCGGACCACUUCUACCCGCUGUUCCGGAACCCGCAGUACGCCGUGUUCCGGGUGCACGACGUCAGCGUGCGGUACAUGCCAAGAAGUUUCGAUACCUGACAUCAAUUGAAUCGAUUAGACGACUUUCCAAAAGAGACUGAAAUAUGCAAUAAAACGUAGUUGUUAUUAAUAUAUUAAAGUAUUUGACUGGCGGACGUGUGUGACCAUAAUUAAUAUAUAUCUAUUGAUAUAAAAAAACCCAAGAUGCAGAGUCUCGAAAGUGUCUCUAAACACUCACGAAUUAUACCUUCGAAGUUGUAGUUGUGAAAUAAGGUUUUUUAAAAUUCGACGUUACGCGUACGACUUAAAGUUGUUUUAAGAAUGCGUGCGCGCGAGUAUGCAAGGAAGACUAGACUAUUUGAAGUGCGCGCACGAUUUUGAAUACGGAAGUUUUUGGAACGUUGAGUUCUUAAAAGGUUUUUUAUAUCAAUGUAUAUACCGUCAUAUAUAUUAUGUGUAAAGAAUAUUUAUACCGAAUAGUAAGGUAUAUAAGGUCUAUAAAAUGUACUAGUAUUCCGCCCGCAGCUUCGCCCGCGUAGUCAAGGGUAACUCGCAUAAUUCCCCUUCCUAUGGUAUUUCGGGACUUAAACUAUAUACCAAAUUUCAUCAAAAUCGUUUCAGUGGUUAAGGCUGAAAGCGUGACAGACAGACAUAGUUACUUUCGCAUUUAUAAUAUUAGAAAGAACUAGCGGUCCGCCCAGGCUGCGACCGUGGUAUACAUAUGUAUCCAAAUACUCACAAUAGAAAAAAAACUAAUAAAAUAGAGAUGAACAGUCUGUUUGCUUUGUUUGAACGCUCUUACUCAGGAACUACUGGACCAAUUAAAAAAAUUAUUUCACCGUUGGUUAAACCUGAAUCUUAUAUUUGAGCCACGGGCGAAUCCAGGGCGGACCGUUAGUAUAUUAUGUUAAUGUAUUGUAAUAUGUAUGAAAUCGAUGAAGUAAUUUAAUAUAUUUCGUUAUUUCUCUGUAACUAUAAUAAUCCUUCAGAUUUGUUUAUAUCCAUAGGUAAGAGAGUAUCCAUUAAUAACGUGAGGGUGUUUUUUAUCAUUUCCAUUGCUAUUUAUAGACGAGCUUCAAAUCCCAUUAAUUAUUUACGUUUUAAUGAUGUUUUAGAGGGAAAACAAAUAACGUGAUAUUUGCCGUAAGCAAAGUGAUCAAACUCGAUCUCUCCUCUCCUUGAAGGCCUCACGUAACAAUGAAUGUCCUCUGAGUUGUUCACUAUUUAUAUGCUGUGAGUGUGAAUUUUACAUAUUUGAUGUAAUCGAACGUAGAAAUUGGAGUAGUAUUCGAUUGGAGUAGUAUUCCAUUGUCUUACUUUUACAAGUGUCGAAUAUUCUGUAAGUGCCAAAUAUAUCGAUUAAAAAUAACUGCUCCAUAUGUGUAUGUUCUUGAAAUAUAAUUUUAUUUAACUUUGUAAUUACAUAUAUAAAAAUAUCGUAUUAUUAUAUUGUUUCGCAAGGACUUGUAACUUGUAACUGUAGUCUGGUCUUAUAAUUAUUCCUGUAUUUAAAUCUGUAUGAAAAAGCAUUGGUAAAUUCUAAAAAUCUAUUAUAUAACAUAUAAUCAACACUAACUGAUAGGCGUUUUCAAUAUAAAGCCGCACUGCGCCUGCGCUACCAAGCAAUGGUGACUCAGUGUUUAGGUCAUUCCACUACAAUCGGAAUGCAGCGUUUCCGAACCAGGGGGCGUGCAUGAAAUAAAGAGAUUUUUUAAUAUCAUCUGCACAAUAUUCACAUGACGAGUGCUCUCUGAUGAUGGAAAGCAUCGUGAAGAAACAUUCAGGCAUUUCUGAGAUUCAGCAGUUCGACGUCGUGUGACAUCUGUCAAUACGUACUUAGCCAGCAUAGGAUUUUUUUUAUUGUCACAGCGGGCAACAGAGCUGGUGGUUCGCCUGAUGGUAAGCGAUCACCACCACCCAUGAACAUUCGCAGAGAUAGUGCCUCUGCCAAUGUGUUGCCCGCUCUUUACGCGUAAGGGAUAAGGCAAGGAUUGACGACUGGAAAGAAGAAAUGGGUUGGAAAGGGGAGGAAAAGGAAACAUGCCUUCGGUGUCCCUCCACAAGGGCACAAGUAUGAUAAUGAUGAUACGCAUUUUGGAGUAUCACGAUCGUACGUGUAUCGUUAUUUUUUUAUAUAACAAUACAAGAGACUUGCCACACAUCAAUUUGAUGUAUACAUGCAGUGGCAUUAAUUAUCUAAUUUGAUUGGUGAAAAUGUCUAUUUUUGAUAGUAUUUGUCUUUUAAGGCACGUGUAGCUGAUAGAUGUUAAUUUUUAUGAUAAUGUCGUGAACUUGCGAAUCUGUUCGAAGCUAACAGAGUAUGAAGUCGCUGUGAGCUAUUAAGUAUUACUAAGGCUUAAUGUGUUGUAAAAAUAAAGUUAUUCUUUUAAA